CUGGUGAACGAGCGCAGGUCCGAGCCAGAGUUGGUCCUGCAGCGCGUGCCCGACGCGAUCAUGGUGAAAAUCCCAGGAAGCACGGCGCCCCGUUUUGGCAAUCAGCCCGCUGGUGUCUUCCCGGUGGAGCGGAAGAAAGUGUCCUGGGAUCGCAGCCCCGGUUUCAAAGCCAUGGUGAAGCGCGCGGGCUUCCCGUUGGUCCCACAGUUUGCCGCCGCGGCCCACUUCGUCACCACCGCCAUUCUGCCACAGGCCAUCAUCGACCUCCUGGACGCGCGCGCGACGCCCCGUGCGUCCAUGGUGCCCACGGGCUACGCAGCCGUCAGCCGCGCCUGGAGAGUUGGCGACCUGAUCAUCACCCAGUUUUUUCCCCAUGCUGUUCCGCCAGGUGCGCCAGACGGGCCCGCUGCUCGCUCGCGCAUUCCCACGCAGCCUGGGGAGAUGACGGCGGAGCAGACGAGAGCCGGCUGGGCCAAGGCAGAGAAGGAAGCGGCUUCCAGGUCGCCCAAGGAAUUGGCGGUCGCCUCUUUCUGGCGCGGCGACUGCCACCAACGGAAGGAAGCGGGCGACUUCCCAGGAGGUGGCAUGAGCACGAGCGAUUAUGUGGAGCACGCCGUGGCGCGGGGCGGCGUCCCCGAGCGCUGCGAGCGCGGGCAGCGGACGUCGCUGGCGCGCUUCAGAUUCGGAGAAGUGAACGUUCUGAAUGCGCGGGGAGACCUCGACCGCGCCGUCUGCAUCGGCUGCGCCCCAGGUCGGCCCCGCUUCAAAGCGCAGUUGGAAGUCCGUCUGUUCAGGCGCGCGCAGUGCGCGGCCCAGAAGCUGAAGGAGGAGUUCGACGAGACUUUCCUCAAACAGCACCGCAGCGCGAAUGACAUGAUCUGCGCGGCCUGUGUGGAUGCGAAAAUGAGACCCCUGCGCCGGGGAAAAGAUGGGCGUUGCGGGGCGAGGCCGCCAGGGCGCUCGCAGAACGGGCGCGAGCACUAG